GACAGACGGCCGGGCGGGUGGGGGUUUUGGGAAAAAAGAAAAAGAAAACCCCGGAGUAAUGCGAGACGAAAAUCACCGCCGAAAUCUGUCAGUCACGACCGCACCACCGACGACGACGACGAAUUAUUAUGACCACGGCACUUUCGCGAAACGCGGGCGGGUAGCCCUGGUUGGAAUGGGAUGGAGAGAGGUGGGGUUUGCGAGAAACGGACCCGAAAACUACACCGAAACGGACGACGACGACGAAUACGCGCCGAAAUGUUUUAUUUUCCCGGGGAACUGUGACGGUGGAAACGUUGUCGGGCAGGACGCCGGGAUCGUUACGCCGGUUAUUUCGCGCGAUACUUUGACGACGGCCACGGAGCGAAACCGGACGAACGCGGAAAAGCGCGCUGGCGGAGACGGACGACGACUGUUAAACGAUACGGGAAUAGCGGACGGCCCGCGGAAAAGCGCUCGAACGCUUGACGCCACCGCGAAACUCAUCCGGCGCGCCGCCGCCGCCGCCGCCGCCGCCGCUACCGGUGCGUCGGUGUUCGGCGCGCGGCUGUGCCAGUAG